GUCGUAUUUCUCGUAGCAGCGGGAGAGCUCCUCUAGUGGAGUUUUGAUCCAGUCUAGCCCACUUUCCAAAAUGACAGCGAGAAAAUCUGGCUCACGACUGGAGACCGAGAUAGAGAGGAACCGCUCAGAGAGUCAAUGGGACAAGAUACCGGAGUUAGUUCGACAGCUCUCCGCCAAACUAAUCUCAAACGAUGACCUAGGGGAGUUGUUGCUGGGAGAAUGCAAGCUUCAGAUGUACCUGAAGGAGAACCCCAUCAAACAGGGAGCCAGUCCAAGGGGCCAGCGACCUAAACUGGUAGAGGUCAGAAAGCACCUUACUGCUGCUCUGGACAGAGGAAACCUCAAGGCUGAUUACCUGCAGGAAGCCAGCCUGUUGAUGGCCAAACUUUGCUAUGUGGAGGGAGAAUACAGAGACGCUUUAGGUCACUAUAGCAGGGUCAACCUGGAUGACAUGCAGCUGAUUGGCGCUCCUGUGUACAGGCUUUCUAUGAUAGCAGAGGCAUAUGCUACUAAAGGACUGUGUCUAGAGAAAGUCCCUGCUGCCUCUCCAUCUCUGUCCAAUAAGAACACUGGGUCUCCAUCGUCCAAUAGGAGCACAACAGAUCAGGAGCAGGACAUCAUCACCUGCUAUGAAAAAUCCGGAGACAUUGCUCUGCUGUACCUGCAGGAGGCCGAAAAGGUAAAUGCAUUGUCAGCAGGAAUUCAGAACCGCAGCCCAAAGCCCGGCCCAACAACCCAGGACCUGGAACUGGGCUACUUCCUGGAGACAGGCCUGCAGAGAGCCCACGUCAUCCACUUCAAAAACGGUGCCCCUCGGCUUUGGAACGACUUGCCUGAGAAGAUAAGUAACCUGACUCGAGGCGUAGGGCGGUUUCGAGAGAUUCUUCGGGCUGUAGAGACCAGAACCACCCAGAGCCUGCGCAUGACUAUAGCCAGGCAGCUUGCAGAGAUCUUGCUCAGAGGAAUGUGUGAACAGAGUUACUGGUCUCCUCUGGAAGACCCACCAUCAGUGUCACCAUUGGACGAUCCAACACGGCAAGGACACACUCUCAGCAAAAACUACAGCCUGAGCCGACGCUCGCGAGUGUACUCAGGAGAGAAUCUGUUUUGCCCUCAAGAGAACACAGAGGAAGCGUUGCUGCUGCUGCUCAUCAGUGAAUCCAUGGCAAACCGUGACGCUGUCCUGAGCAGAAUUCCCGAACACAACAACGAUCGUAUCAUCAGCCUACAGUCUGCCUCUGUGGUGUACGACCUGCUGACUAUAGCUCUGGGCAGGAGAGGGCAGUAUGAGAUGCUAUCAGAGUGUUUGGAGAGAGCCAUGAAGUUUGCCUUUGAAGAGUUCCAUCUGUGGUACCAGCUCGCUCUGUCCCUGAUGGCAGCUGGGAAAUCUGCACGUGCCGUUAAAGUCCUUAAGGAGUGUAUUCGUCUGAAGCCUGACGACCCCACAAUCCCAUUGCUCGCUGUCAAACUGUGUAUCGGACCUCUGCACUGGCUGGAUGAAGGCGAGUGCUUUGGAAAGAUGGUGAUUGAUAUGGGAGAGAAAGCGGCUGAAUUCAGAGCAAAAGGCUACCUAGCUAUUGGGCUGGUUUACAGCCUCAAAGCCACUGAUGCAUCGUUGCGAAGCACACAGGAGGACUACCAGAGGAAAGCUUUGGGAUCCUUCCAGAGAGCUCAGAGUCUUUCUCCUACUGACCAUCUAGCAGCCUUUUAUUUGGCCCUGCAGCUUGCUGUAUCCAGACAGAUCCCCGAGGCACUAGGCUAUGUUCGACAGGCGUUGCAGCUUCAAGGGGAUGACGUCCACUCCCUUCACCUGCUGGCCCUGCUGCUCUCUGCUCAGAAACACUACCACGAUGCGCUCAAUAUUAUAGAGAUGGCUCUGUCCGAGUACCCUGAAAACUUCAAUCUGCUGUAUACCAAGGUCAAGUUGGAGUCGAUGUGUAGAGGACCAGAGGAAGCUCUGCUUACCUGUAAACACAUGCUGCAGAUCUGGAAGAGCUUUUACAACCUUACCAAUCCCAGUGAUUCGGGGCGUGGCAGCAGCUUGUUGGACAGAGCCGUAGCAGACAGACGACAGCUCAACGCCAUGACUCUGCCUGACUUCAGUGAUCCUGACACAGGUUCAGUUCAUGCUACGUCUAUAGCAGCCAGCCGUGUGGAGCAGGCUCUGUCUGAGGUCGCCUCCUCUCUGCAGAGCAGCGCCCCCAAACAUGGACCCAUGCACCCCUGGAUGACCCUGGCUCAGAUCUGGCUGCAUGCAGCUGAAGUGUACACUGGCAUGUCCAAGCCUGCCGAGGCCUCAGCCUGCACGCAGGAAGCAGCCAACCUCUUCCCCACAUCCCAUAACGUGCUGUACAUGAGGGGGCAGAUAGCCGAGCUGCGGGGCAACAUGGAUGAGGCCAAACGCUGGUAUGAAGAGGCCCUGUCCAUCAACCCGACGCACGUUAAGACCAUGCAGAGACUGGGUCUGAUUCUUCAUCAGCUGCAGCGCUACUCUCUGUCGGAAAAAGUCCUGAGAGAUGCUGUACAGGUCAACAGUACGGCUCAUGACGUGUGGAACAGCCUGGGGGAGGUCCUGCAGGCUCAGGGAAAUGCUGCCGCUGCCACCGAGUGUUUCCUCACCGCAUUGGAGCUGGAGGCCAGCAGCCCCAUUUUGCCCUUCACCAUCAUUCCCAGAGCUCUAUAAAACACACACUCAUACACUCUCUUAACAGUUAUCGCCUCAGUACUAUAGCACAGUGGCACAAAUGAUGGACCUGCACACAAACACACAUGUACACACAUGUACCCACAACAUGUACACACAGCAUGUACACACAACAUGUACACACAACAUGUACACACAACAUGUACACACAACAUGUACACACAACAUGUACACACAGCAUGCCUGCAUGCCACUAACACAAAGUUUUACUGCCAUACGUUCAGAAACACACACAUAACCACACAUACACGCUGCCCCUUGUCCACCCAACCUUCCCACAAUGCCUUGCUGUGACUAUGUAAGUGUGAGGGCAUGUGUCUGUAUGCUGAUCGGUUGCUUGUGUCUAUAAGUGUACACCCGUGUGUGUGUGUGUGUGUGUGUGUGUGUGUGUGUGUGUGUGUGCAUAGUUGUGAGUGGUUGUAUUUGUAGUAUGCUGUGAGUGUGUUUGUUGUUUGGUCCUCUUCAAAGAUGUAAAUAAUCUUAAAUUGAAGUUCCCACUCUUACAUCACUAGCAUUUAGAGAACCUCAGAGUUUACAUUUUGUUUACAGGUUUUUUUUGUCCAAACAUUCUUUUACACACACACACACACACACACACACACACACACACACACACACACACACACACACAGACACACACACACAGAGUAAUUAAUGUUUCCCUUGUGAGCUAAAUGUUACUGAAUCUCAAACACACACACACACAUACGUUUAAUCUGCUGUAAUGACCUUUGAGAAUUUCCUGGAGCACGCAUAGACAUGAGCAAUAGAUCACAGAAGAAUCAAUCAAUCACUGAAGUCUAAAAUGCCAAAACACAGACUGCAUUUACACACAGGAAAUCAGAGUUAAAGCUUUUGAUGUCCAGUGGACUACUUUCACCGCAAUUUUAUCCUUCAAUUAAAAACAUUUCUGCAAAGAA